AUGGCCGCUAUUAAGAAAGUCGCAGUAUUGGGCGGCUCUGGAAAUAUCGGACCUUCCAUCAUCAAAGCCCUUUUCAACCAUAACUUUGAGGUUACUGCUAUUACCCGACUUGAGUCCCAAGCCACCUUUGCGGAUGGAGUUGACGUGAAAAGGGUCGAUAUAACCUCCAAGGAAGCAGUUCAAGAAGUACUGCAAGGUCAUGAUGCCCUGGUUUCCGCAAUCUCCCCAGCAGCUCUUGAUGACCAAAAGACAAUCGUCGACGCUGCCGUUGCUGCCAAAGUCCGACGUUUUCUCCCAUCCGAAUUCGGCGUCGACAAUCGGCGCACCUCGGAAAAGGAUAUGGGCUGGAUGGUCGUCAACAAAGUCAAGCUGAACGAAUAUCUGGAUGAAGUUGCUGCGAAGAACAAGUGGUUCAGUUGGACGGGGUUGGCAUGCGGCUUCUUCUUUGACUGGGGCAUCCAAACUCAAUUCAUUCUCGGAAUCAACGCCAAAGCAAAGACUGGAGAAAUCAUUGACUCCGGCAACAAGCCCUAUGCCGCUUCAAACACUUACUUUGUUGGUGAAACUGUUGCUGCCAUUUUGAAGAAGCCGGAAGAAACAGCAAAUAAGUUUUUGAAUGUCUUUUCCUUCAAGACAACUCAAAACGAAGUUUUGAAGAUCUUUGAAGAAGAGUCUGGCUCUAAAUACCAGGUCAGCCAUGUCAAAGGCAGUGACUUGAUAGAAGCAGCAACUGCUAGUGUUGCAAAGGGGGACUACGGGCAGUCGGUUGGUCCUUUUGUUCAAUAUGCCUUUUUUGCCGAUGCAUCUGGGGUCCCUGUUGACCUUGAGGCGAAUGACGGCGAGCUAUUGGGCAUCAAGGACAAGGCUGGGCUACGAGAUAGCAUCAAGCGAGAGCUCAGUCUACUCAACUAG